AUGCUUACGGCGAGCAUUGCCAAACGAGCCCUCUCUCGCUCAUUUUCGAGCAGCAGAUUCGCCUCGUCAGAUGCCAAAGUCGUCGUUGUUGGUGCAGGUGCCGGAGGGUUAUCAGCCAUCACACAGCUCCAAAAGAGCCUCAAGAAGCAAGGAAAGGUUCUGGCAAAGGAGGAUAUUGUGAUCAUAGACCCCGCAGAGUAUCACUACUAUCAACCAGGAUGGACACUCGUCGGGUCUGGCCUCAUGGACAAGCAGGAUACCCGCCGCCCAAUGAAGUCGGUCAUCCCUGAAGACACGACCCAUGUCGCCCAGUCGGUCCAAUCCUUUGCACCUGACAAGAACCAAGUCGUUCUCGCGAAUGGGGAUACUAUCACGUACGAGUACCUCAUCGUCGCCUCAGGCAUCCAAAUCAACUGGUCAGCCAUCAAGGGAUUGCCAGAGGCCCUGAUCGACUCUCACUCGGGUGUCUCCUCCAUCUACUCGUACGCUACUGCCGACAAGGCUCACCGCGACAUUACUGCAAUGCGCUCAGGCCGAGCUAUCUUUACUCAACCUUCUACCCCAAUCAAAUGCGCAGGAGGCAAGCCAAUAGCUCACAAGAUAAUGUGGCAAGCAUGGGACUUGUACCAACGCACUAACCGUGCAAACACGGCAAAGGUCGAGUUUUGGACAGGAAUGCCCACCAUGUUCUCUGUUCCAAAGUACUCUGAAGUUCUCAACGCCCUGAGGAUACAGAGGGACAUUCCCGCACAGUUUGGACAUAAUCUGGUUGCAAUUGAUGCCGCAAACCGCAAGGCAACGUUUAAAAAGACGGACGGAACAGAGGUUGUCGAGGAUUAUACGAUUCUCCAUGUCACACCUCCACAAGGACCGGCAGAUUAUAUCAAAGCGUCGCCUUUGGCAGAUGCAGCCGGAUGGGUAGACGUCGACCCAGCGACGCUAAGACACAAGAAGUUCUCGAAUGUGUUUUCUCUCGGCGACGCCUCAAGUCUUCCCACCUCCAAGACGGCUGCUGCGAUCACAGCACAAGCACCCGUUCUUGUGCACAACCUGGUGGACGUCAUGAAUGGCAAGGAUACGUUGGUUGCCAAGUAUGAUGGAUACACAAGCUGCCCACUUCUCACUGGAAAGGGAGAACUACUCCUUGCCGAAUUCAAGUAUGGCCUAGAGCCAAAGGAAUCGUUCGCCCAUAUCGUAGAUCAGGCUAAACCUCAAAAGGCAUUUUACUAUUUCAAAACUCUGCUGUUCCCUUGGGCUUACUUUGAGCACAUGCUCAAGGGUCGGUGGUAUGGUCCCAAUGGCUUCAAAGCCCCGACGUUCUCAUAG